CCAUGUGACCUUUGUUGUCAAACAUUCAACGAAAUGGGAUCCUGAUUGAAGACAAAUCUUGGACCAAGCAAGAAUCCAGCACAAUGCUCAGUAGCCUCCGUCUCAGGCUGACCGGCCUGGUCCCGCCCUCGCUCGCCAGCCGCUCGUUAAGCGCUAGUCCCGCUUGGGCGGCGCGUGACCGCUUCAUUCCGGGCAAAACGCAUGGCAUGAGCACAACCGAUUUACGAGGACCCACCAUUGACGAGUCUGAUCAUGCUAGUAUCAAUAUUGAUGCGCUAGCUCGUGACAUGGGUGAGGAUGGUUCGGUGGGGAUUGAACGCCCGUUUGAGCGCCAUCCUAAUGGCGAUAUGGCCGAGCGUGUGUUCUAUGGGGUCAAGUUCAAAGACAUGCCGUACGUGCAGGUGUUGUGUGCGCCGAAUAGCACUCGCUUUUGGUUACGGGACAUCAGUCAUAAGAAGCUAUUGUACGUGACUCCCGUGCGAUUGGGGUUCUUGAACGCCAAAAGGCGGAGCAAUGUGGCGGCUCAAGCCGCGGGGCUCUCGUUGGGUCAACAGAUCCGAAAUCUAAAUAUCAAGGCGGUUAGAGUCAAGAUUGACGGCUUUAAUAAUGGUCGAGUGGCUGGACUCAAAGGGAUCCUGCAAGCGGGAAUUCAUAUUGUGUCGGUGACUGAUAAUUCGUACGUGGAUUGGGGAUGGCGGAAGCGAGCCAAGAAACCCAAGAGACGAAAUUAAUUUGUUAUGUAAUACAGGUGUUGAAAGUCUCAAUACAUUGUUUGGUUCUGAGGUUUCUAUCGGUUUUACAGCCAUGGAGGAAACCCAGCCGAGUUUGGUAAAGUGGGAUCUCAUACCUUCCAAUGUCACCUUGGUUCUGAAUUUUGGGAAUAAAUGAUAAUUGUCCUCAUUGUGA